GCGGCCACACCAGCGAAAAAAUACUCCGGUAACUGGAAAGGGCCGACUAAAAGCAGAUCUUAAAGAAUAGCUAACUACGUGAUCGUUUAAAAGUUGAAUAACAUAUAUUGCAAAUAUGGCUGACAACGAAAAACUGGACAACCAAAGGCUGAAGAAUUUCAAGAAUAAAGGUCGCGAUUUGGAGACUAUGAGAAGACAAAGAACGGAGGUGGUUGUAGAACUGAGAAAGAACAAACGGGACGAGCAUCUGUUGAAGAGGAGGAACGUGCCUCAGGAAGACAUCUGUGAUGACUCUGAUGUUGACGGAGAUUUCAGAUCACAAAACACUUCAUUAGACGCAAUAGUACAGAAUGCUACCAGUGAAAAUCAAGGGAUUCAACUAAGCGCGGUACAGGCUGCCAGGAAGUUGUUAUCGAGUGAUCGCAACCCCCCAAUUGAUGACUUGAUAAAGUCUGGCAUCCUACCUAUACUAGUUCACUGUCUGGACAGGGAUGACAAUCCAUCCCUCCAGUUUGAGGCUGCCUGGGCUUUGACCAACAUCGCCUCUGGAACCUCUGAGCAGACCCAGGCUGUGGUGCAGUCCCAUGCUGUGCCCCUGUUUCUGCGCCUGCUGCACUCUCCUCACCAGAACGUGUGCGAGCAGGCAGUAUGGGCUCUGGGCAACAUCAUUGGCGAUGGCCCCCAGUGCCGAGACUACGUGAUCAGCCUGGGCGUGGUGAAGCCCCUGCUCAGCUUCAUCAGCCCCUCCAUCCCCAUCACCUUCCUGCGCAACGUCACCUGGGUGAUGGUCAACCUGUGCCGCCACAAGGACCCGCCACCCCCCAUGGAGACCAUCCAGGAGAUCCUGCCGGCUCUCUGCGUCCUCAUUCACCACACGGACGUCAAUAUCCUGGUGGACACGGUGUGGGCGCUGUCCUACCUGACGGACGCGGGCAACGAGCAGAUCCAGAUGGUGAUCGACUCUGGCAUUGUGCCACACCUGGUGCCCCUGCUCAGCCACCAGGAGGUCAAAGUGCAGACCGCUGCGCUGCGAGCCGUGGGCAACAUCGUGACUGGGACGGAUGAGCAGACACAGGUGGUGCUCAACUGCAAUGCACUCAGCCACUUCCCCUCGCUGCUCACACACCCCAAGGAGAAGAUCAACAAGGAGGCGGUGUGGUUCCUGUCAAACAUCACUGCCGGGAACCAGCAGCAGGUCCAGGCGGUGAUCGACGCCAACCUGGUCCCCAUGAUCAUCCUGCUCCUCGACAAGGGUGACUUUGGCACCCAGAAGGAGGCAGCCUGGGCCAUCAGCAACCUGACAAUAAGUGGAAGGAAGGACCAGGUGGCCUACCUGAUCCAGCAGCAGGUGAUCCCGCCCUUCUGCAACCUGCUGACGGUGAAGGACGCCCAGGUGGUGCAGGUGGUGCUGGACGGCCUCAGCAACAUCCUCAAGAUGGCCGACGACGAGGCCGAGACCAUCGCCAACCUCAUCGAGGAGUGCGGAGGUCUGGAAAAGAUUGAACAGCUGCAGAACCAUGAGAACGAGGACAUCUAUAAACUGGCUUACGAAAUUAUCGAUCAGUUCUUCUCCUCUGAUGAUAUUGAUGAAGACUCCAGCUUGGUUCCGGAAGCCAUCCAAGGUGGAACGUACGGGUUCAACUCUUCCACCAACGUGCCAGCAGACGGGUUCCAGUUCUAGACCGCCGCGGAAGCGUCUGGAGUUUUUGUUGAAGAUGCAGCACUCUGUUCAACAUAAAAAAAAAUAAUUAGGAGAGAAAGCGAGCGAACGAGCGAGAGAGAGAGAGCGAGCGAGCGAGAGUGUGAAAGAGAAAUUAGAUCCAUUGUGCUUGGCUCGUGGGAUCCAUGGCUGCAUCUAAUCCGAGAGAAAUUGUGUGGAUUUCGUUUGGCAUUCCGUAGGAAAGAGGUCCAAAUGAAGUUAUGAGACGGCGAGUGAGUGCGAGUGAGCGAGUGGCUACUAUAUGUUGCAAAAAUCAACCAUCUACACUGAAUGUGUUGAGAGACAUUUCGUGAAACUUCACAAACAACAACGUGUCUAUUUACAAAAGUUUUCAAGAAACUACGAGGAAAAAAACGACAAAAAACUUGGGAGGCAAGUCAAACAGAUCUGAUGUCGAAACCUCGGAGGGAGAACCAAGACAUUGCAAUCUGUACAAAUUUGAAGGCAAGACGCAAAAAAACAAAGCAAAUCCAGACGCCUCAACUUUUUGAAACUUCCAAUCAAUAACAAAAAUCACAACUGGAUGAACUCGAGACAAAAAAAAUGGAACUAUGACUCCACAAUACCGCAUCACAACCUUCUGAGGUUCCGAGACCGACUGACUUACCCGAUAAGGGGGGAGGGGCCACCCUGGAUAGGCCACUCCCCCCUCACUUCCUUUCAUGGCCACGCUGCGAGACUUGUUGUAUGAAUGGACUCAUUACAAAUGCGUAUGAAUGUCUGGACUCAGAGGAGAGAGCGCGAAAGAGGAGCCAGACCCCUCCAUCUAUCUUCUCCUCUAGCGAAUCAAAACCCUCCACGGAUACUUCGGGCCACCUCCCUCCACCCGACGUGUGGACUCCCCCUCCCCAAGUCCAGCGGUUACCCGCAUGUGUCGCGAGUGUGCUAGAGAAUAUAAAUGAAACAAAAUAAGUAACAUAAAAAAACAACACACACGUAAACGGGAAGAAUGGACGAGUGGUUGGGUGAGUGUCUGUGUGCGCGCGCGUGACUGGGGUUGUUGUAUGCAAGGAGAGACCGGAUGGAACGCAUGCAGAGAGAAGACGAGUCAACAUUUGAAAAAGGAGGAAUUAUUCAAAAAAUGGAAAAGGAGAUUGUUAAAGAGAAACACCAUCAAAUGAGGAAAUAAUAAUAAUAAAAAAUAACGAUGUAAUAAAUACCAAGAAAUACAUAAAAAUAAGAAUGGAAGCUGUUAAGAUGAAAAGGUUUUCAAAUGCAAGAAAAAAGUGGAGAACCAUUUAUUCUGUGAAAAAGAGAAGGGUGAUCCUAUUCACGUCCUGAAGGGGAAUCUUUAAAAAAAGACCUCUUUAUCAGCUACAACAUCGACGUCAUCAGUUUUUUUUUUUCUUUUCUUCUUUUAAUUCAGUUAGUAUUAAAAUCAACACUGGACAGUGCUGUUGGACAGACGGACGGACGGUAGAUCCGUUGUGCAUUGUGUAAAAGAUGCAUUUUUUUUUCUCGGUGGUUGCAGGGGGCUUGGCGGGAGCGCCCCUUAGUGUGUACCUUUUUAUCUGUUUUAUUUCUCAGCUUUUAUUUUAAUUUUAUUUUUAAUUUUGUUUUUUUGUUUGUUUCCAAAAGCUUGUGUAGAAGUGAACAUUGACACAUCAUCUAGGCUUACCCCUUUCUUUACCCUCUGUGUCCCCCAUACUUCUGAUUAUGUGAAGUCUAUGACGUCACCUUUACCAACAGAAAUGGCUGUUUUUUCCUUCCUGCAUGACAAAAUUUCAUUUUUUUUAUUCCUUUUCCCCUUUUUUUUUAGUUUCCUUCGAGCAACCGUGACUAUAUUGUUGCCAUAGCUUUGAGCUUAACAAAAAUAUCACAAUAAGGGGGGAGAAAUGAAGAGAGAAGGCCAUUUUAUGUAACUUUGUGGAACAUAAUCUUUGCAUGUGCUAAACUACAGCAUAGUUACUUCUAGGGGUUUUUAGUUUUAUUUAGGGCUUUGUACACAGUGUAAUAUUUUUCAUUUUAGUCGACUGUGCUGUUAAAAUGUCACACCUUCUUCUUCUUCUUCUUCUUCUUCUUGUUCCCCUAACCACCUUGUCUCUCUUCUCUCUCUUCUCCAAACCCUUUUCCCAUCCACACCUUUUAGUUCCUGGUUUCACAAAGUUCUGAACAAUUUUUUUGCACAUGUAAGGACUGAUGGAGAGGCCUCAAGUCACAUGGGAAAAAAAGGUGGCAGUGUGGCGUUGGAUUUCGUGAUUUAAGAGAGAAAAAAGCUAAACGAAACCAACACCGCCAUCUUGUAUGCAUUAUACAAUUACAAUCUUAAUUUUAUAUCUAGAUGAAACUAGCCAGAGUUAAUCCAUACUGAGCCAUGUCAGUGGAGUUGACCGUGAAGUAAAUGGAAAAAAUGUAUUUUUUUCCUUGACCUAAUAAUAGGCCAGCCUCGUUUUUUUUCUCUUUUUUUUUCUUGUCUAUUUUUAAUUUUUACUUUUUUUUUUCUUUUUACUUUUUUUUGGACAGUGCCCCUUUCUUGAGGGGAAGCUGCUGACUUUGGCGAGGUAGAGAAGCUUGCCACACUCACGGCUCUUAAGUGUAGAUGUGUGGUGCCUUCUCUCUAUAGCACAAAGUUAAAAAGAGAUAAAAAAAAGAAAUACAUGCAUGUACAAAAACCUGUGCUGUACUUAAAGAAAAUACACCCCCGCCCCCCCCCCCCUCCCCUCAACUCUCCCUGAUCUCUGAACCCAGUACUCCCCCCACCUUCGUAGGACACCCCUUCUCCCCUCCCAGUCCUCCUCCCUCCACACCUUUUUUGUUUGUGUUUUUAAAAAAACUUUGGAACACUGUAGAGAUGGAUUUAUCACAUCGUGGUCAUAACCUUCUGUUGGACAUAGGGUAAUUUUUUUUUGCAGCAUUCCUUGUUAGCAAAUUUUCCAAGAAAUUGGUAUAGAGGAAAAAACUGGUUUGCUUAACCUGUUGGAUUUUGGCUACAGGCUAGGUUGUCUUUGGUGAAAAUAAAUAUUGAAACGCUAUA